CAGUGCAGACCGGCUCCCGGCCCCACCGAGCCAAACUGGAUUUCAACCGGUGAUCUGUAAGCAGUGAGUCCCGCGCGGGCACGUGCCCCUCAGCCAGCAUGACGAGCGAGGUGGUGGAGAACGAGUUUGAGUUUUACUCCAAGGCGGAGAAGUACUGGAAGGAUGUUCCCGCCACAGUGGACGGCAUGCUGGGGGGCUAUGGCCACAUCUCCAGCAUCGACAUCAACAGCUCCAGGAAGUUCCUGCAGAAGUUUCUGCGGGAUGGCCCCAACCGGACGGGGACAUCCCGUGCUCUGGACUGCGGGGCGGGCAUCGGCCGGAUCACCAAGUGGCUGCUGCUGCCCCUCUUCAAGACGGUGGACAUGGUGGACGUGACGGAGAACUUCCUCACCAAGGCCAAGAGCUACCUGGGAGAGGAGGGCAGGCGGGUGCGCAACUCCUUCUGCUGCGGCCUCCAGGACUUCAGCCCCGAGCCAAACUCCUACGAUGUCAUCUGGAUCCAGUGGGUCAUCGGACACCUCACUGACAACCACCUCUCUGACUUCCUGAAGCGCUGCCGUGCCGGCCUGCGGCCCAACGGCAUCGUGGUCAUCAAGGACAACAUGGCUCAGGAGGGCGUGAUCAUGGACGAUGUGGACAGCAGUGUCUGCCGGGACCUGGACGUCGUCCGUAAGAUCAUCCGCCGAGCUGGGCUGCACCUCCUGGCCGAGGAGCGCCAGGAGAACUUCCCCGAUGAGAUUUACCACGUCUACACCUUUGCCAUGAGAUGAGGGCGGCCAGCGGCGGGAGAAGGUCUCUCUGGGGCCAGCUCGGAGCAUGGGCCAGCACGGUGGUUCCUGCCGGGGCGGGCGAGGACCGUGCCUUCACCGCGGGGGUGGCAGACAGCGAGGGUGUCGUGACUCCCUCUCUCCGGGGCUGGUGACGAGGAUGGGGCUUUGUCUUCCAAGUUGCUGCUGUUUGUGAAAAGAAGUGUUUGCCAAAUACAUUUUCCUGCUGUUGCACUUC